UUACGAAAGCAAGCGAUCGUUGCAAUCUAGCUGCUAACUUCGCGCACCGGUGACAUUGGGGUGAAAUAUUCUCAGAUAUUCUCUUGGAUGGUUUAAAAGAAAAUUCACAAUGGUGACCGGAAAACGCCUGGCAGACAUUGGAUACAGAGCCUUUUCUGCUUCCAUGAUGAUGUUGACAGUCUAUGGAGGCUACUUGUGUGUGAUGAGGGGCUACCGCUACAUGAAGAGGCAAGACCAGCUCAAGCUAGCUGCUGAAAACCAGGACCCUGAUGUUAUAAAAGACUGACAUAUUGGACUGGAGUGUUUUGCAUAAUGUGGUUGAUAUUUGAUGAUUAAUGUACAUUUGGCUUUAUCUGGAAUGGGGACGGGCAAAGUUUGAGGGAGAUGUGUGAGAUGUUUUAUUUAUCAACCAAAUGAACAAGAAUAUAUUUGCAUUUGUGUGAUCACCGUUGACAUGGAAUUGCAUUGCAACUAUUUGUAAUAUAUUAUAUGCCAUUAAAGUAACAGUUUGUCA